AUGUCCGUGUCCCAUGGCGAGUCUGCAGCGCGCCCGCCGCCGGACCAGGAGAUCCAGGACAUCGCAGACUAUGUGCACAACUACAAGGUCGAGAGCGAUGUGGCGUACGAGACGGCGCGGCUUUGCUUGAUUGAUACUAUCGGGUGUGGGCUGGAGGGCUUGCGCUUCCCGGAGUGCAGGUCUCUGCUUGGGCCUGUGGUGCCUGGCACUGUUGUGCCGAACGGGACGAAGGUACCCGGCACGAACUACCAGCUUGAUCCUGUACGCGGUGCAUUCAAUAUUGGAACCAUCAUCCGAUGGCUGGACUUUAACGACUGCUGGCUCGCCGCCGAAUGGGGCCAUCCGUCCGACAACCUCGGCGCCAUCCUCGCCGUCGCCGACCACCUCGCCAGGCAGGGCCAGCCCCUCAAGGUCAAGGACAUCCUGGAGGCCAUGAUCAAGGCGCACGAGAUCCAGGGCUGCCUCGCCCUCGAGAACUCGUUCAACCGCGUCGGCCUCGACCACGUCGUCCUCGUCAAGGUCGCCAGCGCCGCCGUCGUGUCCAAGAUGCUCGGCCUGUCGCGCGACCAGACGGUCGACGUGAUCUCCCAGGCGUUCGUGGAUGGCCAGUCGCUGCGUACCUACCGCCACGCACCCAACACUGGCCCGCGCAAGUCCUGGGCCGCGGGCGACGCGUGCUCGCGCGCCGUCAACCUCGCCUACCUGGUGAAGCAGGGCCAAGUGGGCCUGCCCAGCGUGCUGAGCGCCAAGAUGUGGGGCUUCUACGAUGUCCUGUUCAAGGGCAAGCCGUUCCAGUUCCAGCGCCCGUACGGCAGCUACGUGAUGGAGAACGUGCUCUUCAAGAUCUCCUUCCCGGCCGAGUUCCACGCGCAGACGGCGGUCGAGGCGGCGGUGACGGUCCACAACAAGCUGAAGGCGCUUGGCAAGAGCAGCGACGACAUUGCGAGCGUGCGCAUCCGCACGCAGGAGGCGGCGAUGCGCAUCAUCAACAAGAAGGGCAAGCUGCACAACUUUGCCGACCGAGACCAUGAUAUCAACUACAUGUCCGCGUACGCGAUGAUCUACGGGAACCUGCACUCCGAGUCCUACACCGACGAAGCCGCGGCGGACCCGCGCAUCGACGCGCUGCGCGACAAGAUCACCUGCGUCGAGGACGCGCGCUUCAGCGCCGAGUACCACCACCCCGACAAGCGCUCCAUCGGGAACGCGCUCCUCGUCACUUUGAACGACGGCACGGUGCUCGACGAGGUCGAGGUCGAGUACCCCGUCGGCCACAAGCGCCGCCGCGCGGAGGGCACGCCGCUGCUCAUGCAGAAGUUUGUGAGACAUGUGGGCCACCACUUUGACGAGGCGCACCAGAAGAGGAUUUUGCAGACGGUGGAGGAUAGGCAGGGGCUCUGGGAGAUGCCGGUGGAUAAGUUCACGGAUUUGUUCGUCAAGCCGUAA